UGCAUACUCAAAGACAAGGCCGAGAAGAAUCGCCAGCGCUUCAUCGAUUCUCUUGACACCGAAGCGAUAUGCCGUCUCGCUUCAUCUUAUCGUGGAGGUGUUCCUUGCACCACUUUCGGUUCCCCAAAACACGGCUCCUUCAAUAUCUGUAUCUUUGUCGAGUUUGAGACAUCUCCCCCGGAAAGAUGGGCUGUCGGAAUGUCCAUCCCGGCGCGCGCUGCUUGGAUUGACGAAAGGAUUGAGACUGAGCUGGCUACUAUGAAAUAAGCCCCCGAGCUUUUAGCUAUUUUGUAUUGAUACAAUCGGUCAUCUGACAGAGGAUAGAUAUAUCGCGGCGAAGACUACCAUCCCCGUGCCGCGCGUGCACGCCUUCUCCUUCACCGAGGGCAGUCCGAUCCAGACGGCUUUUAUUAUGAUGGACUAUAUUCAAGGACAGAGUCUCAAGGAUCUUGGCUUUAAGAAGGGGAAGAAGUGGCGUAGCUAUCCUCGCCCAACUGAGGCAAUAGCUAAGCUUCACGAGCAGCUGGCCGAUCUCUAUGUCCAACUCCGCCAGCUUGAAUUCCCCGAAAUCGGCGCCCUUGGUCUCCCUAUUGUCGAUGGGAAGCCGUCGUAUGAUUGCGAUGCGGACGACAUCCGGGUGUGCCACCGGCCAAUUUCGAUUGAGAUGAUAAUGCAGGAACUCGAAGGAAUGAAUCCCGGUGCCAGGAUCAAGCCACGGACGACCUUUUUAACUAACAGCCAGGAGCUUCGUAGAUGCCCUGUUCUGGGUGGCGGAAAACGAAUUCGACAAAUCUCCGAAGGAGUACUUUGGCAAAGCGGCCGCACGGCAGAUAGCGGGAGAGGGUUUGUGAUGGUUUGUAGGCGGUAGAGGAUAGACAAGCCGUUAUUGUCCGAGUAGCAGUGUGGAGAAGAGGCCCGAGGGGAGGGAAGUGUUGUGGAUGUGGCGUCUGGCACGUAAGCUUUUUCUUCAUCGGGGCCAAAGUACCUAUGGAGUAAUCAUAUCGCUGAUACAACGGACGGAGGAACAAAUCGAUAAGAACCUCGUCCUUCAACUUCCCUCAUCCGCCCUCGAACAACUCGGCCAUGGCGGUCCACAUUCCCACAUUCCCAAUACGUUACGGGCCGCCGUUCACGCCUCGAUGGGCUGAAAUCCC